AUGGAGUUGCGACAUCUCGCGGGGCAAGUGGGUAGCAGACAGCAAGUUACCGCUCUACACAGGCAACUCGUGUCCAUACAUCCGCACAUCGCAGAACUGCCUCAAGCAGGGCCGCCCGGACAUGUCGUUCCAAAAGUUCCGCUGGCAGGUGCGUCCGUCGACCAGCGAGUGUAUCGAUCUUGGGGAUGCUCUGUGAAGCGCGUGUCGCCGCAGAGUUUGGCGGAGUUGUUUCGCGGCAAGCUGGUGCUGGUGUUCGGCGACUCGCUCUCCAAGAACUUCGCCGCGUCGCUGCAGUGCAUGCUGCACGCCGCCGACUCUACCGCCGCUAGAUCGUACCGCCUGGCGCAGAAGAAAACCGCCGAAUGGGGCGUCGAGGUACCCCGGCAUCCGUCCGCCAUCUCACUCUCUAUGUGGUGCGGCGUGCUGCCCGGCGUGAGUGCGCAGUUCCCGACGUACAAGAUCCGGUUCGUUUCCGUGUUCUCCAAUUGGCUCAACAACGCCACCAGCCUGUCCGACAAGAACGGCAUCGAGCAGCACCGCAUCGACCUGGACGGCCUGGAUCAGCGCAUCAAGGACUUGCUGCCCAUCGCUGACAUCGUCAUCUUCCAGGCGACGGCGUGGUGGAUGCCGCCCAUCAACCGGUGGUACGUGGGCGGCAAGGAGGCGACGAUGAAGGCGACGGCGGCAUACGAGCGCGGACUGACGACGCUGCGGGACUACGUGGCGGGCAGCGGCGGCGGGUUCAAGGGGCGCGCCGUGGUGAUGGGCGUGUCGCCGUCGCACUACGACUUGCCCGUGGCGGGCGUCAAGAAGGGGUCGUGCAAAGUCAACUCCAUGCUCACCAGCGCGCAGACAGCCACCGUGCGCAGUGGAGACAGCUCCUCUAGUGAUCUGCGGGCCGUCCAGCAGCGUGUUCUCGGGGGGUCGUCGGUGGUGUACGUGGAUGUGAAGCCCAUGAGCGACUGGCGGCCCGAUGGACACAUCCAAAACUGGAGCGUCAAAGCCGCAGGUGCCAGAUCGACUACCAAGGCAAUGGCUGGCAGCUACCCGCCGAUUCUUCGAAUGCGCUGCGUGGCGCAGACGUAUGAUUGGGGCAUCAAGGGCAGUGGGAGCACGGUGGGUCGUCUUUACGCGCUGGGCACGAGCGGCAGCGCGGAGGCGGCUAAGGACGACGUGCCGUACGCCGAGCUCUGGAUGGGCACGCACCCAAGCGGGCCGUCGCUUGUGCUGCCGUCCGCGCAAUCGGAUGAGGUCGACGCCUCGUGCCCCGCUCUCGUCAAGGCCGACGCCGCAGCGGGCGAGCCGCAGCUGUUGCAGGAGUGGCUCGACGCGCACCCCGAGGCUCUGGGCGCCACGGUGCAGCACAAGUGGCCCGGCCAGCUUCCAUUCCUCUUCAAGGUACUGAGCGUGGCGAAGGCACUGUCGAUCCAGGCGCACCCAGACAAGCGGCUGGCGGAGCGGCUGCACGCGACGCAGCCGAAGAACUACAAGGACGCCAACCACAAGCCCGAGAUGGCGCUCGCCGUCACCAACUUCGAGGCGCUCUGCGGCUUCGUCACCUCGCGG